UGGGUAAUGUAUUUCUCUUUACCAAGUUAGCCAGUCUCGUGAUAAGGACUGCCUUACUAAUUUCUCUGAGCGAUUUAAUCAUCGUUCAUGGAAGCACUAUUGUGUGCAUCAAAAUGAUGCGAGGAAAAACCAUAGUAGUUACUGGGGCCAAUAGUGGCAUAGGAAAGGCUACGACUGUUGAACUGCUGAAGCAGCAGGGACGUGUUAUCAUGGCUUGUCGCGACCAAGUUAGAGCUGAGGAGGCUGUCCGGGAAAUCGUGGAGGAGGCCGGACAGGAUAACGGGGACGUGUUGAUCAAGUACCUGGAUCUUGCGUCUCUUAAAUCAGUGCAUACUUUCUGUGAAGAGAUCAUUAAGGAGGAGCCCAGGAUUGACGUGCUGAUUAACAACGCUGGAAUAUACCAGUGUCCUUACACUAAGACAGAGGAUGGCUUUGAGAUGCAGUUCGGAGUGAAUCACCUGGGACAUUUUCUCCUCACCUACCUCCUGCUGGACCUGCUGAAGCAGUCUGCCCCAAGCCGUAUCAUUGUGGUGUCCUCCAAACUGUACAAAUAUGGUGAGAUUAACUUUGAAGACCUGAACAGCGAGCAGAACUAUGACAAGGCCUUCGCCUAUGCCCGCAGCAAGCUGGCCAAUCUUCUUUUCACUUAUGAGCUUGCGCAACGUCUAGAGGACACGGGGGUAACUGUCAAUGCCCUGACCCCAGGGAUUGUAAGGACAAACCUGGGGAGACACGUCCACAUUCCUCUCUUAGGCAAACCACUCUUUAACCUGCUGUCCAGGGCCUUCUUCAAGACUCCUCAGGAAGGAGCGCAAUCAUCAGUGUACCUGGCCUGCUCCCCUGAUGUGGAGGGUGUCCAAGGGAAAUGCUUUGCCAACUGUCAGCCACAGGAACUGUUGCCAAAGGCUACAGAUGAGGACAUUGCCAAGAAACUGUGGGACAUCAGUGAAGUUAUGGUCAGAAUAACAACGUGAAAUGCUCAUAAUGGUCUGCUCUUGAUCUUUUACAUGUGUGUCUGUGUGUAUGCAUCCACACAUUUGACAAUAUAUGGGAAAUCACCAAGUGGUUUUACUCAGAAUGUCAGUUGAGGUACACUAAAGGCCUAUUGGAGUGGACCUAUAGACAACUGAGAGAAGAAUGCUUAUAAAAACACCAAAAAGUGCCUCUUACUAACGCUGCGGUAACAGCACUAUCCUGUUCAAGAGGCUCAAUUUGUGCUGUGUUAAUAUUUUCCUAUGCAAGUUUUGUUUUGGCUUGGGUAGCUUAUGGAUGAUAAAUGACCGAGAUGAAUUGUUGGGAAAAAACAUGACAGAUAAUAUUAAAUAAUCUUGAUUAACGUUUACUUUUGAGUGGUUGUGAUUGACCUCAAUAUUCUCAAUAAAGGCAGGUUAAUUGAAUUAA